AUGAGCAGUUCGGACAGUGAAGAAGAAAGGUGUAUUUGUCAGAUUUGUCAAUGCGGAAAUCAUAAAUGCCCCCACCAAGGAGAGGAUUGGACUAGCACAGGUGCAAUUGAUGGGCAGACUGAAUACGGAACGCAAUAUUCAUUAAAAAGAGGAGAAAGAUCAACUCUAUCACGUCCAGCAGAAAGAUCCCUACAAACGGGUACCUUCGAUGGCACGACUACUCACAAAAACGACUACGACCGGAAAUUUGUUGAACGUAGUCAAAGUUAUCGUCCUGUCAAUGCUACAAUACAAAGUGGAGAAUUUGAUGGAAGAACAACAAGCAAAAUAGACUUUGAUAGGAAAUAUGUUGAAAGAACCUCCGCUUAUCGACCACCUGUCACUGCAGUUCAAAGUGGAGAUUUUCUCGGAGUGACAACUAAUAAGAGUGAUUAUAAUAGGAAACAAGCUGAGAAACAACAAUCCUAUAAACCCGCUGAUACUGUUAUCCAAACAGGUGGCUCUACUGGAAUUACAACAAACAAAGCUGACUAUGAUAGAAAAAUUGCUGAUCGAAGUUUGGCUUACAAGCCAAUACCCUCAUCGAUUCAAUCAGGAGAAUUCAUGGACGAGACCACAAAUCGAGCUGAUUAUGAUAAGAAAAAGGCGUCAAAAAGUCAAUCAUUCAAGCCUCCGUAUACAGUUAUCGAAAGUGGAGAGUUCAAUGGUACUACAACCCAUAAGAAUGAUUUCAAAGGCAAAAAGGCGGAACGGAUGGAUGCUUUUCGCCCACCUAACACAGCUGUUCAGAACGGACCUUUCGAUGGCAAUACCACCCAUAAAAGUGAUUUCGGUUUAAAACAAGCUGAGCGAGCGACACCAUAUAAGCCGGUCGUUAAUCCGCUGAGUUCAGGAGAGUUUUCAGCAAUCACUACGAACAAAGCUGAUUUCGUCAGAAAAGAACCCCAACGCAACACACCCAUAAAGUAUUCAUCUACUCUUCAUCAAGAGGGUGAAUUUUCAGGAGAGACAACUCACAAAAAUGAUUUUGGUCGGAAAAAUGUUAAACCUGCAACGUCAUAUAAGCCAGCAGCUACUGAAUUGGAAAGUGGCGAGUUCUCAGGAACGACAACGAAUAAAGCUGAUUUUGAUAAGAAAAAUGUCGAACGGCAGAAAUCGUACAAACCCGCAGUUACAGCUGUUCAAUCAGGAGAGUUCUCAGGUGUUACAACAAAUAAAAUUGAUUAUGGCCUGAAAAGAACAGAAAGGAGUCAGCCAUAUAAACCAUCUGUCAAACAUUUACAAAGUGGUGAUUUUGAUGGAGUAACAACUCAUAAAAGCGACUUCAAUUUGAAAAAGGGAGAAAGGAAUCAGUCAUACAAGCCCAUAGAAGUUCCUAUUCAGUCGGGUGAAUUCACCGGUAUAACAACUAAUCAAUCUGAUUACAAGCCUACGAAGGGUGAACGUUCUCAGGCUGUUAAGCCUCCUGUAACAGCUUUGAAUACGGGGGAGUUUGUAGGCAUUACGACUCAUAAAAGUGAUUUUGAUCUUAAACAGGCUGAGCGAAGUCAAGCUUAUCGCCCACCCAUCACGGCAGUGCAAAGUGGCGAAUUCAGUGGACUAACCACACACAAACAAGACUUUGACAGGAAGCAUGUGGAUCGUGCUUCUCCUUACCGGCCACUGUCUUCCUCAUUCGCAUUAGAGGGUAGAAUGGAUGGCAUGACUAUCACACAAAGCGAUUUUACUAGAAAAAACACUGAUAGACCAAUUAUGGUUCGUCCUCGUAGUCAUCCAAUUGAUUCCGAUUUACCAUUUGAUGCUAGCACUACGUAUAAGGAAGGUUACAAGCCAAAACAUGGCGAGCGAGUGUCUGCCGUUCGCCCCGAAGAAUCAUUCCACUUACCUAAUGGGUCUUUUGAUGGCACAACUACUCAACGACUUGAUUAUGUUCGGAAAUAUGUUGAUAUUUGCCCAGCUGAGAAAGUUUUGACAAGAAGAGAUCGCUCUUACCAGUUCCGUGCCACUCGUUCGGGACAUCAUUUUUAUCAUCGGGCUGCCAUGGGCACUUUUAGUCGUUGGUCAGCUUAUGGAUCUGUUGGACGGUCUUUACGCAUAUCUUUCUUUACUCUCAGUGUUAUUGCCAUAUUGUAUAGUAUUGCUUGUAUAAUUUAUGGUUCUUGGUUAGCUGCUUCACGUGGACAGUACGCCGAGUUAUUAGACCCUUCGCUGUACGUCGAUGUGGCCAGAAUUCUAGCAGUUGUAUCAGCAAUUGCCAUCAUAAACCAGCUUUGUUGUAUGUAUUCACUAGUUAAAGAGUUACGUUGUGGAAUAUAUUCAUGUUCUGUUGCUUCCAUUGUCAUUGCUAUAAUGCUAUUCAUUGGAGGAAUUAUGGGAUUCGUAUUUCGCUCGCAGCUUACAAAGCAAAUUCCAUUGAACCUCAAGAUGCUUACCUCUUCACGUGAACUGUAUGGCCAAGAAGAUAUGGAAAAAGUCACUGCAGCAUGGGACUCUUUACAAACAAAUUUCAAAUGUUGUGGUGUGAAUGGCACAGAUGAUUUGCAUAUUUGGAGAACAUCCAAAUGGUAUAUGCAUCAGCAAGAACCCAAGAAAAUUUUACCAUUAUCAUGUUGUGUCAGCGGUCGAGAAGAGGCUUGUUUAGCUUCUGAUAUCCUUUCUCCUAACCGCAACGCAGUAUAUACAAAUACAUGCUAUGAACCUCUUCAGAAUGAUUUAUUGAAUGUUGUACAUAUUGCUGCAUGGAUGGCAAUUGUUGCCAGUAUAGUACAACUAAUUCCCUCACUGAUAGCAGGCAGUUAUGCCCGAUUAAUUCGAAAGUAA